AAGUCCGUGCUGUCAGUUCGGCUUUGUCCGGCGCCCCGGGGGGCUGAGGGCAAGCCCUGGUCUCCCUGGAGCGGCCGAGGGCGGGGCAGUGGCCUGAGGGAGGCCUGGCCCUGCAGGUGUGUCGGAAGCCUCUGCGGAGGCCUGCCAGGAGGGGCGGGGACCAGCGAAAGGGACAGGUCCACCAAGGGGAGGGAGAGGGGUGGCUCGGCGGGGGGGAGGGGGUCGCGCCGCGGUCACGGUCACCCACGUAGGGACUGCCUGAGUCGGACCUAUGGAGGGAAGAGGCUACCCAUAAAGCAGCAGCAGCUCUACAGACGCCCAGCGAGUUGGUCCACCCGGUGUUGGCAGUGCGGCUCCAGGCCUCUGUCCCGCGCGGAUCACGCCCUUUCAUGCGCUGACAUCCAGCCCUACUGGUACCCAGCGUCGGGUUCUCCCUGCGCACCUGCAGAAGCCAGCCGCGGAGUGCACGCAAUCCGGCCUCACCACGGAGUGUUCCAGUUCCAGAAUCUUGGGUUCGCCCAACCUUUGGGUGAUUCCUGGAGCUGCAAGACACUGUCUCUUAUGACUUUUUUCCUCCAACUUUUCCCGUUCUGGCCUCAUAGUUUCUACCCUUUCCCGAGAUCCGCAAAAAAUGAACAAGUUCAAAGGGCCUGUGACAUUAAAGGAUGUUACUGUGGAGUUCACUAAGGAAGAAUGGAAAUUACUGACUCCUGCGCAAAGGACCCUGUACAAGGAUGUGAUGCUAGAGAAUUACAGACACCUGGUCUCAGUAGGUUACCGUGUGAAUAAGUCAAAUGUGCUCUUAAAGUUGAAGCAAGGAAAAGAGCCAUGGAUACUGGAAGUGGAAUUUCCACGUCGCAGUAGCCCUGAAGACCUAUGGAAUACCCAUGAUCGUGGAACAUCGUACCAGGAAAGCCCAGCUGGUAAUUCAAGGACUGGAGAACUCAAAAAACUUCAGAAAACUCAUCACCAAGUAGAAAGCUAUGAAUGUGAUGAAUGUGGGAAGUCCUUCUGCCAGAAGUCUGCCUUUACAGUGCAUCGGCAUACGCACUUUGAGAACAAGUCCUAUGACUGUGGUAAAUGUGGGAAAUCCUUUUCUAAAAAUGAAGACCUCACAGUACAUCAGAAAGUUCACACCAGAGCUAAAACCUAUGAAUGUAAAGAAUGUAAGAAGAUCUUCUAUCACCUGUCAUCUCUUAAUAGACAUCUAAGAAUUCAUGCAGGGGAGAAACCUUAUGAAUGCAAUCAGUGUGAGAAAUCCUUCUACCAGAAGCCACACCUCAUGGAGCACCAGAAAACACACACAGGGGAGAAACCCUUUGAGUGUACUGAAUGUGGCAAGUUCUUCUAUGUGAAGGCAUACCUCAUGGUUCAUCAGAAAACACACACAGGGGAGAAACCCUUUGAGUGUAAGGAAUGUAGGAAAUCAUUUUCCCAGAAGUCACAUCUCACAGUACAUCAGAGAACACACACAGGGGAGAAACCCUAUAAAUGUAAGGAAUGUGGGAAGUUAUUCACUAGGAAUUCACACCUCAAAACCCAUCAGAGAACUCAUACAGGAGAGAAACCCUAUGAAUGUAAGGAAUGUGGGAAAUUCUUCUACCAGAAGUCAGCCCUCACAGUACAUCAGAGAACUCACACAGGAGAGAAGCCCUUUGAAUGUAACAAAUGUGGCAAACACUUUUUCUAUAAAUCAGACCUCACUAAACAUCAUAGAAAACACACAGGGGAGAAGCCUUAUGAAUGUACAGAAUGUGGUAAAUCUUUCUCUGUGAAUUCAAUCCUCAGAUUACAUCAGAGGACUCACACAGGAGAGAAGCCCUAUGAAUGCAAGGAAUGUGGAAAAUCCUUUUCUCAGAAAUCACAUUUUAUCAUACAUCAGAGAAAGCACACAGGAGAGAAACCCUAUGAGUGUCAGGAAUGUGGGGAAACCUUUAUCCAGAAGUCACAACUCACAGCACAUCAGAAGACACACACACAGAAGAAGAAAACUGACCAAUAAUAUGGGUCAGGAAUUUCUGUCUGAACUCAUCCUCAUGUAAUUCACAGGAGAAACCACAUGCAUACCAUUAAGGAAAACUUUUCAGCCAAAUUUUUUCCUUGCAGAAUAUCAGCAAAUGCACAUAGAAAAAAAUUCUACACAUUUAUUAAGAAGUUUUUACCACACAGUAGAUUUGACUGAAUAUCAGACAAUAUAGAUGGCUGAAACUGUACAAAUUAUAAAACAUGAAUAAAACUUUUAUUUCAUAAGUCAUCCUUUAUUUUACAACAUAGAAAUCACAUAGGAGAAAAAUCCUUAAGUAAAAUGAAUGUCAAGUUUUCUGUCAGGACAGCCAACAUACCACAUCCAAAAGCUUACAUGUUUGAGAAAUUCCUGAGUAUUCCACUUUUACACAAGUUGCUCUCAUAUAUUAGAAAAUUCAAAGGGGAUACCUGCAAAGAUUGUGGCAAAUAUAUGUCUUUAUCAAGAACUGAUGUUCCUUUGAAUGUCACAUUAAUGUUUGGAUAAUACCUUUAUAGAUAUUUGAAAAAGUUUCACCAAAAAGGAAAAGAAUUUGUACUGAGGGAAGCACUUAUACUGUACAUCAUGUUACAGAUUCCAAGAUUGCUUUUUCUUUUUAAAGAAACCUGCAAAUAUCGACACAUAAGAAAGUUUUUAAAGCCAAAAUGAGUAAUCAGGCAACACCGUUAAAUACACAUUUAGAGUCUUAGUGUAGGGCUUAUGUAUAUGAGUGUGCUAUAAAAUGUAACUUGUAGAUGUUUGACAUGCAUGUGGACCUAUCCCAUAGUUGUAUAUAAGAAAACAUGUCACCUUAGUUCGGUAAUUGUUAUGUGUAGGAAGAUGUGACCCGUUGUCCCAAAGGUGACUCCUGUUGUUAUGUAUUAUAGUGCAAUACUCUUUAAAUUAUAAUGUAUCUUUUCUGCCUUCUUCAUGGCACUUAUAUAUAUUAUAGUUACUGCUUUUAAAGUGGAACUAAAAUGUUUUUGUGAAAUGUUCAGCUGUGUGGUCAGCCAGAUUUUGAAUUAGGGACAUAUUUAUUUUUGCAAAAGUCUGAACUGCUUUUAAAGUAGCUGAAAACGGUAAAACUAUUGCACUCUACACAAUAAAAACUGAGUGCUAUGUAAGAAAUAUUAUUUCUCUUACAUUAACUAUUGAAAUUUGAGUAGGGUGUAGAGCUAUCUGUGUCUGUAUUCUGUAUCGGAGUCCUAAAUGUUCUUCCUUGCCUUUUUCAUCCUAGUAGAGGUGACUUAGCAUAAUGGUUAAACUUAUUUUACACAGUAAGUUUUCUGUUACUGAGAGCUGAAAACAUUGCAGCCAUUUACAAGUAUACUUUUAUAAAUGUCAUGUGUUUUAGAAAUGAUGCACAGUAAUUUGUGAAUAGGUAGUUUUUGUGCAGUAUAUUUAUAUGUUAAAAGCUUAAGCUUAGAAGUACUUUUUCAAGGAAAUGUGGUUUUUUACUUGAAUUGUGGACUCUGGACUCCUAUUGCCUUGGCUCAGAUGCCAGCAUAGGGCCUGCCGCUCAUCCUCCAUUGUGCCUCAGUUCCUUUUCUAUAAGAGUAGCAUUAAUAACAUCAUAGGAUUGCUUUGAGGUUGAAAUGAGUUAAUAUUUUUAAAGCACUUACAACAGUGUCUCAGACUCAAGAUAUUAUCAGAUAUUAUCAUUUUAAUUUACAUAUCCUGAAUUGUUCUGCCAAAAAAAA